AUGCCACUCCACCAGUCAGCUCCCUCUCAUCUGAAAUUAGCACCACGAGGAAGGACAAAGACCCGGCUAUGCUUGGAGAUUGUCCAACUGAUGAACCUCAGAGGUAUCACUCAUUGCGACACCAAAGGAGUCCGUCAGAAAAUCUCAGACCUCCAAUCAUCUUACAACACCGCGCGCGACUUUUUGAAGAACACCGGCGAGGGAAUCAUGGAGAAUGAUGAAAUCAAUGGGGUUCGCACCGUUGAAGAUCGAAUCAAUGCGCUUUGCCGCUAUUGGAGCUUCCUUGAUCCCAUCAUGGGAUCAAGAUCGGUCACAGAACCUUUACAUAUUCGAUCCUCAGUUGGUGGUGACCAACCGGGUCGACAGGACUCUCCCAAACACAAUGAUGACACUCUGCCUACGCAACCGGCCCCACCUUUGGUUCAAAACACUGGCGACUUGGUGGACUCUCCCAUUCCAUCCAGCAAUGGCUCCAAUCUCCCCAAUAUCUCCGCCUUAAUGCCUCAACCCCGACCCUCAAACUUGACUCCUGCUCCAUUGGCCCCAAAGACCAAGCAGGUCAAACGCAAAUCAGCUGGGAAACGUCCCAUCACCUGCUCCUCUACCCGGGCCUCUAGAAGAAGACGCAACAACACUGAAGAGCUCUACAUGCAAUCGAUUGUCUCCAAGCGACAGGCGGACAUCACCAGGGCCCGCGCUGAGGCCAGCAAGAUCAAGAUUGCUUACAUGAAGGAGUUAAGGGAGCAUGGCUUAGGAUUUGAUGAGAUCGAGGCCAAGGCAAUACUUGAGUUCCCCCAAUUAGCCGACAUGGAUGCCGGAGAUGAUGAAUCCGCUGACGAAUCCGACAACUCUUCAUAG